AUGACUUUAAAUGAACAAAACAAAGAGGAAGAACAGUAUCUUGAUUUAUGCAAAAGAAUCAUCGAUGAAGGUGAAUUCAGACCAGACAGAACUGGUACGGGUACAGUAAGUCUUUUUGCACCACCCCAAUUACGUUUCAGCUUGCGUGAUGACACCUUCCCCCUAUUGACGACAAAGAAGGUCUUUACUAGGGGCAUUAUACUUGAACUAUUAUGGUUUUUGGCUGGUGCUACAGACGCUAACAUUUUGUCUGAACAGGGUGUGAAAAUUUGGGAUGGUAACGGUUCUCGUGAAUAUCUGGAUAAAUUGGGGUUCACAGAUAGAAAAGCAGGAGAUUUGGGUCCCGUUUACGGGUUUCAAUGGAGACAUUUCGGUGCUAAAUACAAGACGUGUGAUGACGACUACACCGGACAAGGGAUUGAUCAAUUAAAGCAGGUCAUUCACAAACUGAAGACAAAUCCCUAUGACAGAAGAAUUAUUAUGAGUGCCUGGAACCCAGCUGAUAUCGACAAAAUGGCUCUACCGCCAUGCCAUAUUUUCUCACAAUUUUAUGUCAGUUUUCCCGAAGGGGGAGAAGGAUCCAGUAAACCCCGGCUUUCAUGCUUGUUGUACCAACGUUCUUGUGAUAUGGGGCUGGGUGUACCAUUUAACAUUGCUUCAUAUGCACUAUUGACUAGAAUGAUUGCCAAAGUUGUUGACAUGGAGCCAGGUGAGUUCAUCCAUACAUUGGGCGAUGCACAUGUUUAUAAAGAUCAUAUUGAAGUAUUAAAACAACAAAUCAAAAGAGAUCCAAGGCCAUUCCCGAAACUAAAGAUUAGAAGGGAUAUCAAAGACAUUGACGACUUCAAGUUGGAAGACUUUGAAAUUGAAGGUUAUAACCCUCAUCCAAGAAUCCAAAUGAAAAUGAGUGUAUAA